UUUUUCUCUCUCUAGAGAGAAAGAUAGUAUAAUAAUGUCUAAAAACAGUUAUACCCUUUUCUUAAAAGGAGGAGAAAAGUAGUAUAGAGGGGUUUGGAACUUAGUAUAGUGGCAUCAUUAGUCUUGGUGGUGUCUCUGGCUUACCUUUCUUCGUCCAUGUGCUAAGCGUAUUUUGGUCUUUAUUCACCUUAUUUUCUCUUUAACCUCAGCCCCGCAUCCAGUGUUUGACCUUUCAGACUUUUAUUUUUCAAUUAUUUACUUUUUCAGUUUUUGUUAUAGAGAAAAAUAUAAGCUCAAAAAUUGAUAAACAAAAAAAUAAAGCAAAAGAAGUGUUGGGUUUAUUGGGAACCAGCUGCAGCUGCUUCUUCUCUUCUUCAGCUUCUGGGUACUUCGAUUUUUGUGGCACUUUGUUUUUCUUGGAUCCAUUUCUUCCAGGUUUUUUAUUGUUUGCUUGGACAGAGGAGAGUCUCUACAUUGAGUUGUACUUUCCAAAUUUGAGUGUUUUUGGGUGGAGACUGAAGAUGGUGGAGAAGUUGUCUGUUUUUCUGUAAGUUAGUUAUUCGGCCGAAAAAGAUGACUAAUAAAUUUGUAACGAGUAAGAAAAAUGGCCAUGGGAAUGAGGAUUCAUUAGACAGUUUGAGUGAGGACAAAGAGUUGUCUAGCGAGGUUAAAUACAGGUCGCAGUCAGAAAGAAUAAUUAGAUGGGUGAAUCCUGAGCAAGCCUUGAUCUUAAGUGUUAAGCAUUCACAAAUCGGUAAAAGUGGUGGAAAACAUCCUUUCUUUAAAAGUACUCAUGGUUUAGACUAUAUGAUUCCGAAACGUAUGAUUAGUCUAGAUGAGAAGUAUCUUCGUCGUUGCUUGGAAUUGAUUCAUUUUAGAGCUUCAAGAGCAGCCCGAUGCAAUGCAUCUGUCAAUGUGAGCUCGGCUAAGAUGGGCUUCUUGUCAGAACACUUGAGUUCAGACAUGAGAAGUGGAAAUACGUUUGAUUCAGCUGGGUUAGUAUUUGAGUGUCCAAUGAUAGCUGGGACUGAAAAUGUGGUUAUAAGCCCAACAGGACAGUUGAUUCUGGGUACAAUCAUGGGGAGCAAGAGUAUGUUAAAUAUCUUGAAGAGCCCUUUGCUUCAACAAUAUGGAGCAUUAGAUAGCAGUGCAAACUUGAAAAAUGUAAAUUCCAUUGAUGUCAAUGACUCUAUAUGCUAUGAUUAUAUGGAAUCUCCUAGUGUAUUAAGUCUCUCUUCACCUUUGAAUCUGGACAAGGGUACCCCAACCAGGGAAAGAUACAUAGAUGGAUCUGAUAUCACACAUAAAAGGCUUAUUUCUUCAUCGAGCACGAAUUCUGCAUGUUCAGAUCAAACUUCAUCUUCUGCUUCUGCCACUAUCAGUCAGGGGAUGCUCCAAUGUACAUGGAAGGGUGGAAAUCCUCAUUUUGUCUUCUCCAUGGAUGAUCAUAAAGAUGUCUAUGUAGCCAACUUGUGGAAAGUUGAGUCAAAGGAUGUCAAGGCUCUGGACUACAUAUACUUGUUCCAUUCAGGAAAGGGUGGGCAAAGGGACCAUGAGAUUUGUGACAGUCAUUCUCACCUUGUUGCAAAGAUGAAGGUGUCCAGUUCUUUCACCCUUGGCCCAAGCAAUUCAAAAAUCAUGGAGACGGAGUUUGUAUUGUAUGGUGGAAAUGAACAUUAUAUCACAGAAUUGCAAAAUUCUAGCCAUAAUCCCAGGAAGAGUAAAGCCUUUUCAAAGAAGAUGUCAGAAGUAUUUAAGAAUAGUAUCUCAUCUAAACAUAAAACCAUGUCUAAGUAUAGUGGAUCCUGUGCAAUACUGGAAGACUGCUCGUUGGAAUCAUCCCUUGAUACAAGUGACAAUCACGAAUCAGCAGGAGGGUCAACUAGGUUAGAAGAUCUUCCUCCUCCAAAUUUUGAAUUGGCUGCUGUGGUUGUAAAAGAUCACAUUGCUAACAGUCAAAAGGAGGAAACUGGAGGUUGGGGCUUGAAAUUCCUCAAGAAAGUUGGGGUCAAACAAACCACCAAGUCUGUGGAAGCCUCUUCCAUACCUUUUGAAGGUUUUCGAAAUAAUGGUGAUUGCUCCACAAGUAUGGACAUUUUGAUCCCAGCUGGUCUUCACGGUGGACCAAGAACCAGGAAUGGUGGUCCUUCCAGUCUCACUGAAAGAUGGAGAUCUGGUGGGCAUUGUGACUGUGGUGGUUGGGACAUGGGUUGUCCUCUCAAGAUACUUAAACCCAGAUCAAGCAACAAUGAAAUUUUGCCUCACACGCAAGGGGAGUGCAAAUCAUUUGAUUUGACUAUACAGGGUUCACAGCUUAGCACUCCGACAUUGAGGAUUGUGAAUGUCCAGGAUGAUUUGCAUUUUAUUCAAUUUCAACGAACGCUGUCCAUUCUACAGUCUUUCUCAAUUGCAGUAGCACUAAUCCAUUCACGGAGUCCAACUCUCCGGCCAAAAGAUGUACAUGAAUUGAAUUAGCAAGAGCAAGGUUGAAGUUAGUGUAGUUAUUGUAUUUCUCUUACUGUAUUACACAUGUGAGUAAGUUAUGAAUUAUGAUAUAGGUAUUUAUACUAAGAUUGAGAUUAUUUUUACCAUGUUUUCUGAAAGUCAAUAUUCUGGUGUUAGUUUUUUUUUCUUCUUAUUUUUUAUUAGUUGGUCUGAUUGGGUUUUGUUUCUUGAUUCUUGGCCAAAAGUUACAUGUAGUUAAAUGCUUUAGUGGAAUGUACAAGCUUUUGAUAGUGUUGCAUUUGUAAGGAAUCAACUUCUUGACGAUUAACACUCGUCUAAAAUCAAUAUUAUUGAACUUUCUUAAA